AUGGCGUCGUCAUCGGAAGAGUAUCAAUCGAAAGAAACUAGAACGGUAUCGGACGUCGUUGUGUUAUCGACGUCGAAAGGAGGAGCGAAAGAUGCGUCGAACGAGACCACUUCGGAACCGCUUGUUCCGGUGAACGUUGAAUGAUCAUACGCAAUCAUAAAACAUCAGUUGAUUAAGAAAACUUCAAAUGCGACAACAAUGAAUCUCGAUCUUCGAAAUCGGAUGGCCAGUGUGACCAGUCUAGCACUGGAGAACAUUGGUCUUGACACGGAAAUGGAGGGACCUACGUGGACAUCCAAAUGGGAGGCUAUCGCGGCGACUCUCUCGUUCGUCAUCUGCUCCAAUAACUUUUGGUUCUUCCCGUUUUUGUGUGGCUACUACGGUGGCUGGUUUCCCUAUCAGUUCACUCUUUGUUUUAUAUUCAUCGCUGUUCCGUUACUUUACAUGGAAAUGGCUCUCGGACAGUAUGCUUCCGCUUCCCCUCUCUCUGUCUUCUCAAGAAUGGCACCCGCCAUGGCCGGACUAUCAGCUGGAAUGUGCUUCAUUCUGGUUUUCCGGUUAGUAAAAAAGUCACAACAAAGUUAGAAUGCAUCUCCUUCUCAUUCAGAACUAUCAGUCUUUCGGUUUGGGGCAUUUACGAUUUCACAAUCACCGCGUAUUCUACUCAAUCUGCAUGGACCACGCCUCCGUGGCACGAAUGCCCGCAGAACGACCGCUAUUGCAUCGACUACAAGCUCGCUGAGAAUUGCACAUGGGCUCGGCCAGGAACCAGUCAAAAGUGCGAUCAUUAUCAGGAGGUUCUGAUUUCCACUCGUGGAAUCACACAGAGAAAGUCACCGUUUAUGACGUUCAUCCAAGGACUUAUGUACAAAGUGAGUCAAGACAGGAACAAGGUUAUGAUUCGCCACUUUUCAGAGAAGUAUAAUUUCUUCUGACUGGGCGCCACCGAGUUACAUGGCAGCUGCAUGCUCCAUCGUUCUCUGGACAAUUGUCGGAGUGGUCUCUAUCGGCGGUUCAAAAGUUCUCGGGAGAACUGGAAUUGUGGCUCUUUCGCUUCUGCUCAUCGGCAGCAUAUCGCUCCUUUCGUAUGGAAUUUCAUUCGACGAUACUAUCGAUGUCCUGAAGACGUUCUUCUACGAACCAGAAGCCCAUCCGGACAAAUGGAUGUGGGUAUGGUCCUGGGCUGAUGCUGCCGCCCACGCACUCCGAUCAUUGAAGUGAGGAGUUUCCAAGUAUAAAAAAUCAUCGUGAAUUACAGCGUUGGAUGUGGAGGCAUUCAGAAAUUCGCGUCGCUCAAUAAAUUCCAUAAUAAGAUCCACAGAGACGUGCUCGCUAUCAGCAUAAUUUCGUACAUUCUUUACAUUUGCGGAGGACUUUUUUCCUUUAUGUUUAUGGCAGAAAUUGGAAGAUUUUACUAUCCGGACUUGGCAGCAAGGGAGAGAAUUCAAUUGUAUACAUCGCCAGUGCUCAUAGAAGUUGUCAUUUCGGAAGUGGGUUUAAUUAAACUUAAAAAGACAUUGAAGAUUUCAGAUUCUGACGAAUGUCCGUCUCGGUUCAUUUUGGGUCUUUCUCUUUUGGAUCACUUUAUUGAUCAGCUCAAUUCAAGGAGUUUCCUGCUACAUUUGGGUAAAAACAUACGUUCACAGUUGGAUGAAUUCUAUUAUGUUUUCAGGUCAUAAGUUCUAUGAUCGUUGAAAGAAUAAACGGAAGUCGGCGGAAAUACGGAGAGUCGCUGGCGAGCUGGCACAAAAGGGCAAGAGUACUCGGAAUCAUGUGCCUCACCGGAUUAGUCUCAAGUUUGCCAUUCAUGGGAAACGGUCGGAUUAAUGACUAGUUAGAAAUGAAACUGACGGAAAAUGCAGGUGGAAUCAACGUAAUGAGCAGUUUCGAAAACUUCUCAUCCUAUGGAACCCUCUUCAUUGCUUUUGUGGAAAUCAUCACUGUUUCCUACGUGUACGGAUUCAAACGUUUCUCUGUGUACGUCGAAAAUACAGAGAUGCUUGAAAUGACAGUGAAUUUCAGAAACAUCCGUGCAAUGAUCGGCGGACGCGGCCCUCCGAACGUCUUCUGGUGGCUCAAUUGGCUCGUUGUCAGCCCUUUGCUUCUACUAAUUGUUUUCGGAUGCGUCGUCGCGACAUUCGGUAAUCGGAAGGCGUUCACACAUGACUCUUACGUCACCGAGGCCAUGGGAUGGUCUCUUCUUCUUAUGCCCGUCAUUUUUGUCCUGUUCUAUUUCAUCAGAGAAGAUUACGACCGGAGAAGAAACAUGGAGCCGUUUGGAGUGAGCGGAAUAGCAAAAUAUGUCUCCGAACGGGAACAAUUGUAGGUGAUGCUGCGUGCAACUGGAGACUGGGGCCCUAUGAAUGGAGAGGACCGACGGAAAGCGCUCAAAUUCGAAAGGAAACUCCGAGUGCGCUACUGA